ACAUGCGCCGAGUACACUCUGAAGCUGGCUGUGAGAAUGGGCUGGUGGUGGCUGAAGCGUUAGAGCGGUGGUCGUGUGGUUUCGUUUAGCUCCGGAGCUGCCGGUGUCUUUUCUGGAGUCAUAAAUCUGGGAGGUUCAGGGGACAGAACUUCCAGUGGGCGAACUCCUCGCUUUCAAAGGUUUGGUUGGGUCAGUGCAUUUAAGAGGCAAUCAGCAGUGAACAGAACAUGUAACUACAGAGAAGAGACUUUUGAAGUAAAAACUGUAUCUACAAACUGGCUUUAAGCAGACUACAGCUAAUUCUUCCAGCAGUGUUCUGUGUGUUUGUACAUUGGAGAUACUCUCUAAUUUUUGCACUGUUUUCACAUAAAAAUGGCAUUUCAGUUCAACUUCUCUAUAGAGGACACAACAGAAAGCAGACCAGAGGCUCUUGAAGAUGGAAAACCACAACAAGAAUCGGUGCAAGAAUCUUUAACCCUCCUGGACAAGCAAGAAAGCCUGGUGGAAAAGAGAAAUAGUAUUUCCUCAGAAGAAAAUAUUUUUAACCAGGAACUUUUAUCAGAAAUGCCCGCUCAGGUGGCAGAGCACAGCUCUUUGAAUAAAGGACAUGAUGUAACUUUGUCAGAAAAGUAUUCUAGUCCUGCAGCUGCCAAGGAACAUGUCCCUAAGGAUAUCAGCAAAAUCUUGGAAAAUAAAGAUGUGGAGACACUACCUGGCCUGUGCCAUGUAAAUAUUUCUGUGGUAAAGGCAAAACUCCCAAAUUUCUCCCACAGAGGCAACAUAUUGACUAAAAGCAUUUCUUCUCACUCAGACCUAAUUACUGGUGUCUACGAAGGUGGUCUUAAAAUAUGGGAAUGCACAUUUGAUCUCAUGGACUAUUUUUCAGAAGCUGAAGUACAGUUUGCACAUAAGGUAGUUUUGGACCUGGGCUGUGGGGCUGGACUACUGGGAAUCACUGCCUUGAAAGGAAACGCUGAAAGAGUCCACUUUCAGGACUAUAACAGCAUGGUCAUUGAAGAGACAACUGUACCUAACGUACUGGUAAACUGCAUUCAUCAGAAUGGGGAUAUUUCUCUAGAGCAGUGCCAGGAAAGAGACUUCAACCAAGACUUAAUUUCUAAGUGCAAGUUCUUUUCGGGGGAAUGGUCAAGAUUUAGUAAGUUCUUACUAAAUAGUAAUACACCCUUAGCAAAAUAUGAUCUCAUACUCACAUCAGAAACUAUAUAUAAUCCUGAUUAUUACGAAGCUCUACAUGACACACUUUCAAAAUUACUGAAAGCAAAUGGCCAUGUCUAUUUGGCUAGCAAAACACAUUAUUUUGGGUGUGGAGGUGGGGUCAUGCUCUUUACAGAAUUCAUCAAGAAGAAAAAUGUGUUUGAUUCUAGAAGCAUUAAAAUUAUUGACAAGGGGUUGAAACGGUUUAUUAUUGAACUGGUGUUUAAGAAUCCCUGCUAAUGCGAUCACAUCACACUGAGCAUUAAUAAAAAUAUUCUUGAUUUUUGUUCA